UGAUCCUUUUCGUAUCGAGAUUCAAAAUGGCUGACUUGAAAGGGAAAUUGUAACGCUAAGUACAAGAGCGAAAUAUGAAGCGUUCUGUAGAUCAACCAGAAGAUUUGCAUUCAAAAAGAGCUCGACCCGAUACCCCUAAAACAAAGAAAACCUUCACUGUAACACCAAUCAAAGCCUUUCGUGGAGAACUCCCUUUCUAUCGUCAGCCAGUCGAGGUCGGGUGCUUUUCUCUCGACGAGAACAGAGGCUUUCACGAUGACAAACGACAACUGAGGAUUUUUAGUCCUCCUCACAGUGUAGACUUCGACCUGCGUGCAGGGUAUAAAGAGUUCGUUAAAAGAAACGAGGAUGAAAAGGAGGGAUUGAAACAUCUGUUGCAGUGGACUAACCGCCAUCGGGAGAAGUUUGAAGUCAUUCAGAGUCCUUCUGCAAAACGUUUUCCAAGCGAGACACCCUCUAGCACAAGGUAAGAGGAGUAUACUGGGUAUCAUUUAAGUAAAGAUAAGAGAUGGAGGCCUUUCACGAAGCCCCCUUCAGUUAAGAUAUAUUCUAAGUAUUUUUCCUACAUAAAACAGCAACCCCUGGUUAUGAACUAAUCUUAACUUAGGCAGGCUUUGGGAAUGGUGUUUUUUUUUUUAGAAGAGGGAACUAAAAGUUGCAUCUGUUGUGACAAGGAAGGGGGAUGUGCCAAACAAAGAGAAAGGGUAGAUGCUACUCUUUCGUGAGGGUAGCAAAGGGUUUAUGCGUGAGUCGUGAUUAGGCCCAAAUUUAGUGUGUGACGCGUGAAAGUUCCUAAAAUAGGAACGUGAUACAUGAAACUAGUUAUGCAUCUGAAGCAUGAUUUAUCUUAUAAGAUGUGCGGGACUCGUGAAUUAUUUUUGGCAUUUUUGGGAUUGAACAGGGCCUUUGGUUUCAUUUUUUGCAUUAUGUUUUUGUCUUGGUUAAUAAAUAUUAUUAUUAUUAUUAUAUUAUUACUACCAAAAGACCCCGUGUGACCAGUGACCUUUGGGAUUAAUUCGUCCACUUCGGCAAUUCUUGUGUUGCUUUGUUUUUGCGUUAAAGUGAGUGAAUUGCCCUAAUAAAAGGCCUCGAAGGUAACAGUUGCUGUAGCCUGGUUUUGUUAGGGUGAAGGGAGAAAUUCUGAGGACACGCGCACACUCGAGGGGAGGAAAGUAGUAAAACUAAGCAAAAAACUAACCUGCGCCUGCCACGCAGGCUUAAGUCACUAGCGGGUAAACAGAAACCACAUCGGGGGCUUCGAUUGUUGUCAAUUUGAACGCAAGAUGUCUGGAAACACGAGUUUCCACAUCCAUGACUGAUCGUUAACGCCCUUUAAGAUCAGCCCACCAACACUGUAAUGAGAGGAGAAGCGGGUAGAAACUGCAGUAGUCAAAUAAAAUGCGAAUUAGGAUCCAUGAUGGCUGUGUUUCAGUUCUUAGCCCCUUUGAUUAACAGGUGAGAUUCGUGACUCUGUGAAAAUUGGUUUAUAAUCCAUUUGAUAUGUGAAAUUUUUCAAAAUUUGUAUGUGAAAUGGGCCAUGAUCCCCUUUGCUACCCUCUUUCAUAGUUUCCUACUUUUGCAGCCAUUGGUGAGGGGUCAUAGGUGUUACAAUGGUGCAACAUAGCUACAUGGCUAUCCCCCUUGGAAGGCCUUGUGAAAGACCUUUUUUUGUGGCAGGGGAGUGGGGGUUGGUCCAGGAGUAGUUCCUGUUUCUAAAUAUCAUUUUAUUCUUCAAAGUGCAAACCUCCAACCACUCAGAAACAUUAAACAUCGCUCUCUUUCAACAGUCAAUAAGCCUCUGCAGUGGUUGACAUAUUAAUGUCAACACAGGUGAUGUUUGAACAUGAACUGCAUGUUUAAUGUCUUAUCACAGAGGCAAUUUCAAGAGUCUACCCAGUAAAAUCUCGUUUUGGGUGUAAACCUGUCAGGUUUUUCAACAUUGAAAUCCUAGCCUGCGAGCAAGCUCUCCUAUUUGGGAGAGUGAAGCGAGACUCGCAAGAACGCGUGAGCAAGGGGCCGGCGAAAGGAGAGGUUGCAACCAUCCCUUACAAAUUUUCAUUUGUACCUCGCCCAGAUGAAGGGAAAUACCAUUGGCUCAAAAAUGACGUUCCGGAAAUCAAAGUUGAUUGAUAACAGGCUAAGCUGGCACCCGCUUCGUCUGUGUGUCAAAUUUGGUUCUCAGGGGGAUCAGAUUGGUACCGAGAACUUGUUUCAGCCCUCAAAGCAGACGGGCUCAUUUGUUGUAAUUCUCAAAGAGAAUAUUGUGAGCCGAGGAUAAGUCGGAUCGAGUUUGUAGUUCUUGUGGAAGGAAAAUGAAAACCCUUCAUCACUGAGUUGUAUUCGUUUGUGUCAAGCACCUUGUUUAGUUCUGAAAACGGGGAGAGUGAAAGUGAAGAGUGAUUCAAGCGCUGUUUUCCAACAUAGGUUUCUUCGCCCGGUUGAAUUCUACUGGGUAGAAAAAUUCAGAAACAUGUACUUGACUGUGUAGCGUGACCGUAAAGAAGGAAAAGAGAAAGAGUUGGAAGCAACUGGAGUAAAACUUAAGAGAACCAAGUGCAGGAAAACGCUAUUCUCCAGUUCCAGACGGACAAAUAUAUGAUGUUUUUGUUGAUGAUUGCGAUGGGGAGUAGUCUUCUACACUGCAGUAGGGAUGACUUUUCAAAAGUAAACGAAACGAGAAUCAAAUUAGUGAGUUCUUAUCCGAGCGGACACGUUGAAGUUCGAUGUCCCCGUGGAAAAAAAACAUUGCUUUGAUGCUGUUGCGAAAGUGAUUUAUAAAUAAAUAAAUAAAUAAUUCUACGCGUCCUCGGCUGUCUUAACUUACUUGACAGGCGGUUGUCACUUUUCUAAUCUGCGGUACGUUUGCGGUGACAGUUUUCACGCUUUGCGGAGUCCCAGGGUUUCCGGGGUGGAAAUGAAAAUUUAUGAGAGAUCGUUGCAAGCUCUCCUUUCCUCAGCCCCCUCGCUCGCGCGUUCUCGCGAGGCUCACUUCACUUACCCAAAUAGGAGAGCUUGCUCGCAGGCUAUUGAAAUCCCUGCUAAGAGUUCAAAAGAUCAAAACAAACAUUGCUUUCAUGUAUCUUCUUGGUAGAAAUAUCUCUUAGUGCCAGGAAAGACUUGCUUUUUGCUGACUAUUAAAUACCUGUUAGAAAGUAGAGAAGUUUGUUGAAACUUACUAUAAUCUUAAAAGUUGAUAUAAGUGUUGUUUACUAGCUUACACACUGAUUUCAUAACAUGGCGAGGACAUUUGACAAAGAUCAUGUGCACUCCAUAUGAGACAAGAGACACCUGGGAGAUGGCAGCAACCCUACACAAUGGAACCAUCUACAUUAGUGAGAUAGAGACUGAAGAAAACAGAGAGAAGCGUGAAAAUAUGGAGGAAAAACACAAAGAGAUGUGUUACUGGGGUUAUAACUUUGAAAGCUACGUUACGUCACCUGUAGACAAGAAUCGUCAUUGCAAGAAUGGGGCGGUAGCAAAGACAGAAGGCUGUGCCAGUAAUGACAGCGAGGCUUUUAUCACAGUGAUCAGAACCAGGCUGGGUAAACACUCUUUAGUGUUUGGUGCUGAGGUGGACUGCUGUGCCAAGGUUUGUUUUUUGUACAUUGUCAAAGCUCUAGCAAGUGGCCAUCUACGAAAUUCGAAAAAGUGGUCAUAACUUGAGCUGGUUGCUUACGAGAGCUUUACAGAAACUCAUUGAUAAUUCAUAAAGAAAAAACAAGUCAGGCUAAGCAGUUGCUACGGAAAUGACCUUGAACUUUCACAAAUACAAAUACUGGACUGUCAAGAUCCUUAUCGAUGAACUGUUAGUGUAGUAUGCAGUUUCAUUUAAGUGUUGAUUAAGUGGUCACUUAUGAAAGCUUUAAAACAAAGGAAAAGUCCAGUUGGAUAAACCCAAAAGUGAUCACAGUCACUUACAGUGGCAGUUGCUUACAAGAGCAAUUUCAUUACAAAGUUCAAGUUAAAGUUCAAACAGGGUUUCAGGAAAGUGGUCAUAACUACAGCUGGCUGCUAACGCGAGUGGUCGCAUGGAGAUCUUCGACUGUAGUUUGUACUGAGACAUUUAAGAAAUUAUUAAGGAAACCUUGCUCCUUUCAAAGACAAGGUGAUCAUGACAGUAUACAGUGGCGGAUCCAGGGGAAGGACCCAGUCCCCCCCCCCCCUCCCUUUUUUUAGACCAAACUAAGGCCGGAAGGGCCGAAAAUUUUUUGGGGGAGACUGGGCCGGCCCUUUCUCUCAGGGUCUGGAUGACCGGGGCCCCCCCUUAUCUGAAGGCCUCGAUGCGCCACUGGUAUAUGUUGAAAAGUGCCUACAAUAUUUACUAUCGGUUACAGUUUUGUGCUGACCAAGGGCUUUCAAUGUCAAUUUAGUAAAUCAAGGAAAAAACAAUCAAAAUUAUAAGGGAUAAAGGACUGCUCAACCACAAGGCACAUUUGAUGUGGUUGCAUCAGAUACUACAGGGAAUCUUAAUUUCUCUAUAGAUUUUUCUACAAAGACUGUAUAAGGGCCUGUUUAAGUUUGUAAAUGCAUACCAGUAUAUAUGGCUGCUAGUUAUCUUUUAACAAACCGACAGUACUUAAUGAUGCAAGAGACAGUUUAUAAAAUUAUCCAUUCACAUUCACUUGCAGAUCAAGGCCAUAAAUACACAAGUCUGUAUGUAUCUACAAUCUUAAACAGACUCAUGUGAACUUACGUUAACAGUUUUCAUUUUUUUAUCACAAUAUACUGUAGGCAGAAGGUGAUGCACCAGCAAAUUACAUAGAGCUUAAAACCUCCAUACAGCCUCAUCACCACAACCAACACUACAACUUCAAACGCUACAAGUUAAUUAAGUGGUGGGCACAAUCAUACCUUGCUGGAGUGCCAAAGAUUAUCUGCGGUUUCAGAGAUCACCAUGGCCAAGUCAGGGAACUUCAAACAUACAACACCUUAGCCAUCCCUCGAUUAGUGAGGGAUGAUGAGGGCCUGUGGGAAUCCUCCAUCUGUCUUAACUUUCUGGACAGAUUUCUUGAGUGGGUGAAGACAGUAGUUGUAAAAAGUGGUCCUGGUGUUGUCUAUUUGUUCUCCUGGAAGAGGCCUUUUGAGGAAGUAACUGUUUCAGAGGUUUCAGAUGGGUCUCGCAGUGUACUUCCAGAUUGGUAUUUGGAGAGUUUUGGGAGUAAUGCCUCUCCUUAGCAACACUGCAUACUUGUAGCUUAGUUACUUACCUUGGUCACUCAUUAACCUUUUGUUCCCCAGUAUCCACACACAAUGUACAAAAUCUCUUGACUAUCUCUAUACAUUUCCGUAAAAAAUUAGUUGAGAGAAUUUGUUGAAAAAUCAAAUAUUUAUAAUUUUCUAGCUAGUGAUCAUUUUAUUAAUUCUCAUAACCAUAUUUUUGGAUUAGGUAUUGACAUUGUUAGGGGAAAAUUGAACUCUAUAGGACUUGAAGGGUUAAACGAAACCAUGAGCUGGUAAAAAUUAUAUUUGAAGAACUGUGGUUUAGAUAUGACACACUCUUCAACAUGGCCUUAACAAGAUUUUUCCCCCACCGCCCGGCCCCUGAACAAAGUUGAGGUCGUUAAUGUUUGCAAGAUAAGUAAAAGGUGUUUUGACUUGUAACACCCAACACUGUUCAGGGGGAGGGGGUCAACUUGAAUUACAUUUUCCACACCUAAAACACAAAGUGUCCCAAACGUUUUGACCAGGAUUGUAGAUGUAACUAGUGCAAGGCAGAGGGAAAUGUCUGUGAGUAAACUAUUGCUGGUUUUGAUUUUGUUUUUAAGUGGA